CUGUGAUAUGGUUUCGCCGCCUCAUAAAUUUAAACGGACAGUUGUUUUAGGGCAAACUGCGCGCAACAACAUCUCCGUCUAUUGGUCCAGGUCUGAGGAGUCAGUGUGACGCACCCAAGGCGCCAAUCCGCGAGUGGGACACUAACACCUGACGGCUUCAUUUACCCGACACUCGCCGGUCUUCUCCCUUCUCACGACAACUGAGCUCGGCUCUGCAGUGCAGUGCAGGGGCUGUGGCGUUGUAUGGAAGCAGAGUCUGCCCGCCCUACCGUGGUCAUGCUACCCCCCAAGACCUGUCUGCCCAGGAACUACAGCUGCAUUGCUGGACUCUUCGGCAGCCUGGCAGCGGCGAAUCCACGCCUGGAAGAUGGGGAGGAUUUGGAUAUAAUGAACGGCACUUGCGAGCCCAUCGAAAGCCCCGUGGUGGACGAGCGACCACGAGGCCGGGAGACCUUCCUCAAACCCCCGCAGAGCCCUAGUCUGCGCCGCAGAUGCAAGUCUCUACCCACUCCCACCGAGAGGGCAAAGUUGGAAAUCUCCCGCAGCAGAAGCCCAACAAGUCAGAAAAAGGUCCGCUUUGCAGACUCUCUGGGUCUGGAGCUCAUCUCCGUAAAACACUUCGACGACUCAGACGAGCCAGAAGUCCCCGAGCGUAUUUUGGCCAAGUUACCCAAAUCCACAGACUUUAAUCACCUGGCCACUAAAUUUCCCCGAGCCCCUCCACAGUCUGUCUUCAUGGAGCUGCAGUUUACCAGCCCAGGCACCCUCCCCGGCUUCGAGCAGAAAGUGCGUGAGGUGAAAGUCCUGCUGGAGAGAGUGGAGACAGACGAAUUCAGCCUCUCCGGCUUUGUGCGCGUCUUAAACGUGGCCUUCGAGAAGAGCGUCUCUUUGCGAUACUCACUCAACAACUGGCUCACUUUCAUGGACAGUUUGGCAUCUUACGUGCCCGACUCAAGCGACGGUGACACGGAUAAGUUCUCCUUCAAGGUGGUCAUGCCUACCUACAUGGAGAAUGGAGGCAUGUUGCAGUUCGCUAUAAAAUACACGGUCGGCGGCCAGGAGUUUUGGGAUAAUAACAACGGGAAUAACUACAAAGUGCGGCGUCACCGGUUCAAAAUGUCGCCACCUAAAGAAUGGGAGAACGGAUGGAUCCACUUUAUAUAAGCUCUGUCUCACUUUGCGUGCGUAAAUUUCGCGCAAUUGCUUCCCCCGGUACCUUAAUUAUGACUAAUGUGUACACGGACGUUUCAUUUCUGCCAUAGAGUGUAUGUGGAAACAAAUCCAUACAAUUUCUAAUAUGUUUCCGACUGUCGUGAGCAUUUGAGGUGGCCGUUGGGGGGUAAGCUGCCUUCAUGUCAGGGCUCUGUACAGCUCGGUGCCCUUUGGGGGGGCAUGUACUCGUUAUGUAACAUGGAAACACGUGACAGGCAAAAACGUGCCGGUUCAUGCUGAUCACAGCUCUUUGAGAAGAUGCUAUAACUUUAAUCAGUGAUGUGAGUUGUCAAUUUAUGCAGUAAUAUGGCUCAAAUAGGCAGUAAACAUGCAGUGUGGCGUGGAUGUCAUGCAAGUAUUCCUUGCACGCACUGGGAAAGGAGUAGUUGAGGUGUGAGAUCAAUCUUUUAUCUUCCAAAAGUUUCUGGUCAUUAUACCUAUCUAGCCUGUUAUGUCAUGCCAUUGAAAUGCCUUAGUUAAGCAUGUGAUGGGAAGUACAAUACAUCUAUACACAUUCAUCAUAUGCAUCAUUGUUAUUAAGCAUCUUUUUUCAGCGAUGACUCUCAGAACUAUUUUCUCCGUCACUGCAUUUUGGUUCAUUUCACUGUAUCUAAAACACUGUGACAAAGUGUAGAUUUGAAUUGUUCCUUUCAUCAUUUUUGAAAUACACUUUUAAAGUGUCUGAGUGCAAACAGAUUAUUUUUGAAGUAUUUUUUUAACAGAGACAUUGUACUACUUGUGCACUUUUACAAUUCAAGGCUAUUUUUCACUGACAUUGUAGAAAAACAGAAGUAUAUAGCGCAUCACUGUCAAAACUUAAUGUUGUAAAAGUGCAAUACUCCCCAACAUAUAGUCAAAUGUCUCUAGCCUUAUGCUAUUUCAAGUAUAAGUCUAAAUUGUCUUCCUAUUCUCUUCAAACACUUAUGAUCAAUGACUUCAGGUUUCAGAGCAGUUACUCGCCAUUAGUCUGUAUGUGCGAUAUCACCUUCUGUGUUUGUGGAAGUACAAGUCAGAACACUUUUGAAUUCACAGCUCUGACUGGAAUAGACCAUGGCGUUGUUUACAUUCCAGCAGUGUCACAGGGGAGCUCUUUUAAUGAUACCAUUUGGUUGACUUGAACGUAAACAAAAAACUUUUUCCCGUAAGCACUUAGCUUUUGGAGCACUUCCACUUUGAAGCGUUGAGUCUACUUUGUCAAAAUGCCUUGUGGUUCGAUAUGGGACUGCCAUACAAGGUUACUAAAAUGAGAGCUAAGCACUCUGAGACAAUAUAGGCCUCGUUUUCCUUAUAGUGCACAGAAAUGUGUUUAAGCAGUGCGAUGUGGAUGCAAAGGUCAGCCGCAGGUGAUAAUACUGUAUUUGUAGAGACUUGAGCAUCCAUGUAUCAUGAUAGCAUUAAGAUGGUGAACAUCAGUAUCGGUAAAAAAAAAAAAAAAACACAGGUGAUGAACAUUUUCUCCAUUUAGUAAACAAUAGUUUGAAGAAUGCGAUACUUUCCCACUGCUAAAUAUUUU